GGCGCCGUAAAGUAGCGAUUUUCCCAAAUUACCCUCGAACGGCGCCGCCCCCUCCUAAUCACCGGCGCCUGAGAGCCGGAGAUUCGGCUGGAAGAGUUGCUGGGUGGGAGCCGAUGGAAGAGUGGGAGUGGCGCGGUAGCAGUCCACUUCGAUAUCCUCGCCGACUCCGUCAAAUCUGCCCUCCUGCCGGCGGAUCGCCGAGUAAUCCUUCUGGGUUCACCUCGCUGCUGCCUGGGCCGCCUUCCUACUCUGCGUCUCUGUCCUCUCCGCCUAUCGAUUCGCUUCCUGGCCCUGUUCGUGGCGCUCGGCUUCACCGCCAGUGUUGAAGAUGCUGCUGCUGCAGAUGCCAAGGCAGCCGAUGCAGAUCGAUGCGACGAAUAGCCGGAAUCUGAGCCAGAAGUUGGGGCCGGCGAAGAGGCGAACCUGCCGCAAAAAGGGUACCGAGGGCCACCGCGUGCGUUGAUGAUGAGACGGGGGUGCCGGAUGGAGGCGGCGGCGGCGGCGGCUUCCAUUGCACGAAGCACCACUUCCGGAAUAUUUUGUCGGGCGGUAUCCUCCUCGCCCCUGCCUCGCUCGCAUCGCAUCGCAUCUCAAGUGAAGGAUGCUUCAGUUCCCUGCGUUCAUGCGGCAGAUGACGUCCCCUCCACUCAUCCCCACUUCCACCCUGCUCCCCGUCGCUGCCCACGCCCACAGCGAUGACGAAUCUCUCGCCGUCUUGGAAGCCGAGCUCGAAGAAAAGUUAAGUGAAAUUAGGAAGGGGGACGUAAACCAGUCGGUUAUCGGUAAAAAAGUCGUCGAUAACAAGGAGGAACUGGAAGCUGGUGCAGAAGAUGAUGAUGUGGACAAUGGCGACUCAGAAGGCGAUGAGUUCGAGCAGGAAACUGGUUGACGCACCACACCUCCUCGUCUCGUUGGGAACCUCGGUUAUUUCAGUCUACUUAAGCAGUUCCAUCGGCAAUGUUUAACAUUUUAAAUCGUAACAGGUGUUUAUCGACGUGAAGUUAAUGAUCAAAUUAGAAUUUAAACA